AUGAAUUGUGUAUCACCAUGUCCACCUAGAUGUUCAGAAAGUAUAGGUACCACUUGUUUUACAAAAUGUACACAUGGAGGUUGUGAAUGUAGACAUCCAUUUGCUUUAGAUGAUAACAAUAAUUGUAUAUUAAGAAGAGAUUGCCCUACAAAAACUAUUACUACUAUUAUUCCUAGACCAACACCUACAAAAAAACCAACGUGUAGUGGUAAUUUGGUGUACUCUAAAUGUAGGCAACGAUGUGAAACUAAAUGUAGUGAUAAAUCUCAAAGAAAAUGUGGUGUUAAUUGUAAAUCACCUGGAUGUGAAUGUAAAUAUCCAUUUGUCCGUGAUAGUAAAAACAAUUGUAUUCAUAAAUCAAAAUGUCCAUCAAAACCAAAGCCAAAACCAACUACAACAACAUCAACAACAACAACAACGGUAACUACUACUACUACUACUACUGAAAUGACAACCCCAAAACCAACUACAAAGCCAACUAAAAAACCAACUACAAAAAGAACAACUACAAAAAAACCAACAACUAAAAAACCUACAACUAAAAAACCAACAACUACAAAAAAAACAACAACUAAAAAACCAACAACUACAACAAAAACAACAACAAAAAAACCAUCAGGUAAACAAUGUCCCACAAAUAUGGAAUACUCAGAAUGCCCCUCAAAAUGUGUAAGAAAAUGUUUAUGUGAAGAAGAUAGAUGUAAUUGUAAAAAAUCAGGUUGUGGUAAAGCUGGAUGUAUAUGUAAAAAAGGUUAUAUUUUAUAUCUUGGUAAAUGUAUAACUGAAGAAAAAUGCAAAACAUUGGAAGAAAAUUUUGACAUUUAUUCAAAUGAUCUUUUUUAUUAA